AUGGAGCGCUCACCACGAGCAAUGAUGCCUUUAGUAACGCAAGUUUCUACCUUCUUUGUUGGCAUAGAUGUAUCCCAUGGUUCCCCUGGACAGUCUGACAUACCAUCAGUUGCUGCUGUUGUGGGAUCCAGAGAAUGGCCACUCAUCUCAAAAUAUAGGGCAUGUGUACGCACACAAUCUCGGAAAGUGGAAAUGAUUGAUAAUCUCUUCAAACCUGUCACAGACGAGAAUGGAAAACUCGUUGAUGAAGGAAUUUUCUGGGAGCUCUUGUUCGACUUUUACACAAGCUCGGGGAAGAGGAGACCUGAACACAUUAUCAUUUUCAGGGAUGGUGUGAGUGAGUAUCAGUUCAAUCAAGUUCAUAACAUUGAAUUGGAUCAGAUGAUGCAGGUAUGGUUAUUAUGGUUUGUUUAUUUAGUGUAUGUUGCUGGACAUUUAUGA